AUGUUAGAAAGCAACCAGAAAAAGCCCGUGUGAGUCUCUCUCUAUUCCUUGCGGCACGUGAACUCGAGCUUACAUCACACAGUAGAAUUAAGAAAGUUAUCGGUGACUUCCCAACUGCUCAAAGACACAACAACCAUCCCAAAGGGAGUAAAUCGUGGUUGGAAGAACGACGUAGAAAACUUGUUGAACAUCUCAAAGAGCUAUGUAAGUAUUCUCACUACUCACAUCCUGUGUUACUGAUUCUGACUACAAAAUACAGAUAAGAUUCAUGAAAAGCACGAAAAGGAAUGCGAGAAUGGUACCGGUGGUGGAGUGGAACGCUACUUCAAGGAACAUUGCCUUAUAGAUGAGAAAUUGAGGGAGUUUCCAAAGUACAGUAUUGAAAAAGAAGGGGGAAGGAAGAAGAUGCAGACCGUUAGAGGAGAAUUAUGGAGGGAGUUGCAGGACAUUGAAAGACGAUUGAAAGGCAAGGGAGAGCUGAACAAGUAG